CUUUAGUCUUGAACUACAUUUCCCAGAGGGCAGCGGGAACACCGAGUCUAUGGCUUCCCUUCCGUUUUCGCGUGGUUCUUUUGCAAGCUCUGGAUUCUCAGGAGUUGAAUUUUUCCACUAUCGGAACUCUGCUGAGUAGGACUGAUCAGGUCUUACAAUUCUAAAACCAUGAUCUGUUUUCAGGAAUUAGUGACAUUCACGGAUGUGGCCAUAGACUUCUCUCGGCAGGAGUGGGAAUACCUGGACCCUCAUCAGAGGGACUUAUACAGGGAUGUGAUGUUGGAGAACUAUAGAAACCUGGUCUCACUGGGAGGACAUUCCAUUUCUAAGCCAGUUUUGGUUGACUUACUGGAGCAAGGAAAAGAGCCCUGGAUGAUUUUGAGGGAAGAAACACAGUUCCCAGAUUUGGAUUUACAGUGUGAGAUAAUCAGCUACAUAGAAGUACCCACUUAUGAUACAGAUAUAUCCUCUACACAACAUCAGAGCAUAUAUCAGAGAGAGAAACUCUAUGAAUGUAAGAAAUGUCAGAAGAAAUUUAGUAGUGGUUGUCAGCUUAUUCUCCACAGGUUUCAUAUUAUUGAGAGACCCUAUGAAUGCAAAGAGUGUGGGAAGAACUUUCAUAGUGGCUAUCAACUUACUCUACAUCAAAUAUUUCAUACUGGCGAGAAACCCUAUGAAUGUACAGAAUGUGGGAAGAAUUUUAAAAGUGGUUAUCAACUGACUGUGCAUCAGAGAUUUCAUACUGGUGAGAAAACCUAUGAAUGUAGGCAGUGUGGAAAGGCCUUUAUAUAUGCCUCACACAUUGCUCAGCAUGAGAUAAUUCACAAUGGUGGGAAGCCUUAUAAAUGUCAGGAAUGUGGGAAGGCCUUUAGUCAAGGUGGACACCUUAGAAUUCAUCAGAGGGUUCAUACUGGCGAAAAACCAUAUACAUGUAAGGAAUGUGGGAAGACUUUUAGUAGGUGUUCCAAUCUUGUUGAACAUGGGCAGAUUCAUACUGAUGAGAAGCCAUAUGUAUGUGAGAAAUGCAGAAAGGCCUUUAGAAGAGGUCAUCAGCUCACUGUACACCAGAGUGUUCAUACUGGUAAAAAACCAUAUGAGUGUAAAGAAUGUGGGAAGGGCUAUACCACUGCCUCAUACUUUCUUCUACAUCAGAGAAUUCAUAAAGGUGGAAAACCCUAUGAAUGUAAGGAGUGUAAGAAAACCUUUACUUUGUGUAGAAAUCUUACUCAGCAUCAGAAUAUUCAUACUGGUGAGAAACUUUUUGAAUGCAAGCAAUGUGGGAAGACCUAUACUACUGGUUCAAAACUCUUUCAGCAUCAGCAAACUCAUACUGGUGAGAAACCCUAUGAAUGUAAGGAAUGUGGAAAGGCCUUUAGCUUAUGUGGCUACCUUAAACAACAUCAGAAAAUUCAUACUGACGUGAAACGCUUUGAAUGUAAGGAGUGUAAGAAAACCUUUACUUUGUAUAGAAAUCUUACUCGACAUCAGAAUAGUCACACUGUUAAGAAACUUUUUGAAUGUGAGGAAUGUGGGAAAGCCUAUAGUACUGGCUCAAACCUUAUUCAACAUCAGAAAACUCAUACUGGUGAGAAACCCUAUGAAUGUAAGGAAUGUGGAAAAACCUUUAGCUUGCAUGGAUAUCUUAAUCAACAUCAGAAAAUUCAUACUGGUGUGAAACCCUAUGAAUGUAAGGUAUGUAGAAAAACCUUUACUUUCUAUAGAAAUCUUACUCUACAUCGAAGUAUUCAUACUGAUGAGAAACCUUUUGAAUGUAAGGAAUGUGGGAAGACCUUUAGACGUAGUUUACACCUUACUGCACAUCAGAGCAUUCAUGCUGAUAAAAAACCCUAUGAACGUAAAAAAUGUGGAAAGGCCUUUAAAAUGUAUGGCUACCUUACACAACAUCAGAAAAUUCAUACUGGUGGAAAACCUCAUGAAUGUAAAGAAUGUGGCAAGGCCUUUAGUCGUGCUUCAAACCUCGUUCAACAUGACGGAAUUCAUACUGGUGAGAAACCCUAUGUGUGUAAGCAGUGUGGAAAAACCUUCAGAUAUAGUUCAGCCCUUAAAGCCCAUCAGGGAAUUCAUAGGAGUAUAAAAGUAUAAGACCAUAAAGAGUACGAGAGCACCAUUCAUCAUCAGACAGUCCACAAUGGUGAGAAAUGAUGGAAUGUUAAUCUUAUAGAUAUGUCUUUAGCAAAUGAGAGAGUUAAAAUGCAGUUCUUGCCACAUUAGAAAGCAUUCAAUGUCCUGUCUUAAUGGAACAUCUGACUAUUCAAUGGUAAAUUAAGAAAAAAAAA